UAAUAUUCAUAUUGCAUUCAUUUUUUUUUCACAUACUCAUAUAAUAAUAUUAUAUGUUGGCGGACGGGUAAUAUUGUAACAUAUUAUAAUUUAGGAAUUUUUAAAUAAAAAAUAUGUCGAAAGAAGUUAAAGCGGCACUUAAAGAAAUAAGAGAAGCCAUUAAAAAUAAAGAUAAUACGGCUGCAAUAAAAAAAUGUGAGGAGCUCCUUAAAAAUGAUCCUAAAAACUACAUGGGCUUAGUUCUGAUGGGUGCGGCAUAUCAAGAAAGCGACAAAAAAACUGCUGCAAAAUACCUUAAACAAGCUGUUGAAUGUGUAAAAGAUACAGAUGCGUUACUUGCCCUGCAAGGGUUAGCUAAUUGUGCAGAUGCAGAAGAUUUACCAAAUAUAUAUCAAAAAUUAAUAAGAUUGGUCCCGACGAAGUACGAAGAUUAUCAUGAGAAAUUAGUAGCUCUUUCUAACCAAAACAAUUUUAACGAAUGUUGCAAUGUUUUUCAACAAGAGCUCCAAAAUGAUUCAGAAAUUUCUGUUAAACAAAAAGAUUCUGCUUUUAGGUCGUUAGGAAAAAUUAUUGCGAAAGUGGAAAAAAUUCCUGAGAAUUUUGAUCCAAACUUGAUAAUUUUAGCUUUAGAGAACGUAUUAAAUGCCGAAUGCGGAUCAAUUAUUGAAUUAAGUUGUUGUAAAGUAUAUUUUAAAAUGCUUUAUAAUAAAAGUAAUAAUUUUGACAAACUUCUUAAAAAAGCCGAGGAGAUAGUAAAGAAAUAUCCAAACGAAUUGUUUCCUUUAGAAUGGAUUUGUUUAAUAUAUAAAACACAACAUCAAAAAAAUAAUAUAGAUGAACUACUAGAGCAACCUAUUGAUCACUACAUAAAUAAACUCUUGACAAUCAAUCAGAAUUCAAUCUUAGCUAUUACUGUAAAGGCACAACUAUAUUAUAAAAAUCAUCAAUAUGUUGAAGCUAAAAAUCUUUUGGUUCAAAUUGUCGAUCAUGAUCCACGUUUAAUUAAAGAACUUUUAGCCGAUAUAUAUAUGAAAAUUGGUGUUUAUUGUUUAGCGGAAAAUAUAUUAAGCCAAUUAAAUCUCAAAAAUUUAAAAUAUGGAAUCUGUCUGUGUAAUUCCGAUGAUUUAGAUUCAGUUAAUGAAGGAAUUUUGCUUUUGGAAGAUAAAACUCAAUUCAAUAGAAACGAUGAGCUUUUAUACGCAUUAGGAAAAGCAUAUUUCAAAACAAAAAACGAAAUAAAACUUCAAAAUAUUUUCGAAGAGAUAAAGCAACUAGAAAAUGAAGAGUUAUUAAAAAUCUUUGAAUUUGAUUUUUGCACAACAACUGAAAAGAAACUUGAUAUUUUGAAUAUGAAAACAGAUUCUUCAUUUGAAAUAGAUUUGAGAAAAGGAAAAUUAUAUAUUGAACUAAAACAAUAUAAAGAUGCGUUACCGUUUCUUUUAAAAGCCACAAAAAUGAAACCGUAUUUUGCAGAUUGCUACCUCUACUUGGGAAUAUUAUAUAAUAGUAUUAAAGACGUUAUGCAUGCCAAAAAAUGUUUCAGAAAAUGUAGUGAUUUAAAUCCCUGCUGCGAAUUGGCUAUUAGUAAUUUGAGCGCUAUUUAUAGAAGUGAGGGAGAAUGGGAACUUAAUGCAAAUUUCUUAGAUAGUGUCGUAAAACAAUUGGACGGUACCAAAUUAAAGUGGGUUCUUUUUCAACAAAGUCUUAACUAUUUAGAUAUGGAACAGUAUGAAAAAGCAAUACAGUCUUUAAGAGUAGCUAUGAAAUAUGAUCAAACAAAUAUAUUAUAUUGGGAAAUUUUGGCGGAAGUCUAUCACGAGAGGGGUUCAUACAACUCCGCUAUGAAAGUUUUUCAGAAAAUAUUAGAACAAAACCCCGAUCAUAAAUAUGCAAAACUUCAAGUGGCAACUAUAAAAUGUACAAUGGGUCUGUACAAUGAGUCAAUUGAAGAUUUCAGCGAGCUGUUAUUAGUGGAUGAUCAAUACCUACCUGCAAUCAAGGGGAUUGCCGAAGCACAUUAUCAAUUAGCAAACCAUUUAUUACACGAAAAUUUGUUUGGCAGAUGUAAAAGUAAUUUACAAAUAGCAAUAGAUCACUUACAAAAAAUAUUUUUAAAUCACAAAAAUAAAAACUUUUUGUGGUUGUGGCGCCUUACUGCCAAUAUUUUUACCGCAGUAGCAUGUUUGCCAUCAAAAUUAUCAUUUUUAAAAAUUUAUGGAAUUCUUGCAAGACGCGAAGAAGAAGACGUUUGUGAACUUAACCGGAAAGAUUUAUUUGAACUAGCUUUAAAAUUUUAUAGCGGAGCGCUAAAACUCACUCAGGAUGAUACUUUUUUGUGGCAAGACUUAUCCCUUUGUGCGUAUUUUUACAUUUUGUUUGAAGAAAAUUCAGAUAAACCAAAAUUAAUGCAACUAGCGCAAAAUGCUUGUAAAUCGUCUAUUAAAUGUUCCCCGAAAAGGUGGCAAACAUGGAAUUUACUUGGUGUGCUCUGUGCAACAAAGUUAGAUGAUUUAGAACCAAAUUAUUCUUUAGCACAGCAUUAUUUUAUUAAAGGACUUCAAUUGGAUGAAAAUUGUGCUAUAAUAUGGGCAAAUUUAGGAGUAUUAUUAUUAAACGUAAAUGAUAUUUCUUUAUCCAAUAAAUAUUUCAAACGAUCGCAAGAAUCCAAUCCAAUAUAUAUUAAUGGUUGGCUAGGACAAGCAAUAAUUGCCGAACUCAUUGGUGAGGAGGAAGAAGCAAUAGAUUUAUUUAGACAUUGCACUGAGUUAGAUUUUCAUAUUGAAUCAGCGUUGGGUUACUCUCAUUGGAUCUGUAAAAUUUUGUCUAAACAAAAAUGUCUUUCGAAAUCGUUAUAUGAUUUAUUUAUAAAUAAAUUGCAUGCUAUUUCGCAUGCAAUGGAUUGCAUUAGCUGGUAUACAAGACUUCUAGAUGACAAAUCAUCAAUUGAAUCUUUGUCUUACUAUGGUUAUCUUUUCUCUAAUCAAAAGUUAUGGUCCUCUGCUAUCAAGGCAUACGAAUUGGCUGUUGAAAAAGCUGAGGGCGAACAAAAAGAUAUCAUACUUUUUAAUUUAGGUUACUGUUAUUUAAACUCUGGUAAAACAAAACUUGCUGCUAGCUGUUUUAGUAGUUUGUCAGAAGCGUCCGUAAAAUCAACAAUUGGUUAUGCGCUAUCACUCUUUCAGAGUGAAGAUGCUCUUAAAAGUUAUGAAGUAUAUCAAUGUGCCCUAGAAUGGUUGGCUUCGAAAGAUGAAGAGAAGGCACAAAUUUUGAUUUCAAUGUCAGCAAUAGUUUAUUCACUUCAAGGUGAAAAAGACGCUAAAUCUAUUCUUUAUCAAUGUCUUGAUCUGGAGCCACGACCCAUAAAAGCUAUGUUUUCUGCUUGUGCACUUGGUAUAAUACACGGAGAUUUACAGUUUGCUGAAUCUAUUAUAAAUGAACUCAAAAAAUUUGAAAAUGAUAUGGAAUAUUGCCAUCAUAUCGCUUUUCUGACAUCACAAUAUUAUUAUGCUAAGAGACAAUCCAAACAAGCUUACUACUAUUUAAUAUCAAAAGUACAUACUUAUCCCGAUCGACCUUUAUUAAGAAAAGUUUUGGCUGAUUUUGCGAUAAACUAUUUAUCAAAAACAAAAAAGUAUUCCAAAGGAACUUGUCAAAUUGCCCAGAGUGUGGUUAUUUUGGGACAUAAAGCUUCAGAAAGAAAUGAUUCACUGGAAACUGCGAAGGCGUUGCUAACCGCAAGUGAAGCUAUGAAAAAUGUUGAUAAGAUAAGGCAGAAAAAACUUAUUCAACAAUCAAUUCAUAUGCACCCAAGCUUCAAAUUAGCAUGGAAUGCCCUAGUAUCUGUGAAAGCGUAAUAUAACGCAGCGUCUUCAGAUUCGAUUUUGUUUUUCUACAACAAGAUUAUUGAUAUAAAAUUUAUAGUUUUUAACAAGAAUUCAUUGCAAAAAAUUUCCAAAUAUAAUCAUAAAUUUUGUAGCAAAAAUGUUUAUUUUUUUUCUUUACCCGAUAUUUUGUUCGUGUGAGAUUAAUAAAAUUAAUCUUAAAUAAGAUGUAAAAAAAUUGAUCGCAAUAUUAAUUUGUAAUAAAUUAUUAACAUUUUAAAAAAAAAAAAAAAAAAUCCUUCGAGCCGGAUUUGAACCAGCGACCUAUGGAUAUCUGCGUAAUUGAGUUCGUUCUACAGUCCACCGCUCUACCAACUGAGCUAUCGAAGGCCAUACAAAGUCUUUGACAAAUUACUAUUAUCUAAGCAAAUAAGAGAAUUAAUUUUUUUCAAUUUUUAAUAAGUAAAUAAAUACUUUGAAACUAAUUGACAAUUAUAAAUUGUGUAUAGUAUUG